CCCGAAUUCAUAUCAUCAUGGAACGUUUUUUGGGCCAUCAUGGCUACGUAACGGCCUCGAUGGUGUAGGAACGUUUGUCGCAUAUACGUUGUUGACCUUGUGGCUGUCUAAGAUGACGCGGAGAGUUAGUUUACAAGCAGAAUUCUCUCUGAGAACGACCGUAAGAGUAACCCAUGUGUCAAGUAUACCUAGGGAUACAGGAAUUCGUAACGUCGAAUAGCUACCUAUGAUACAGCAUUUGAAGUGGUAGGUAUCAAGUAUCAUAUAAGCACCUACCCGCUCCGGAUUUUAUGCAAACAACUCCUCCGGUUGUGGCGUAGACUAGAUAACAUAAAAUACCUAUUCAAUAAUCUUCGGAAGACUAUUAUUCAACCACUAUCUAUCCCAUUUAUCGACAUCUUACAACAUGCCGACGUUUCCUCACAGUCGGAUCACUCUACAAGUCGGCGAGCGUCGAUUCACGACAUAUCGCCGCACUCUCAUCGACAAAAGCGCAUACUUCGCAGCCCGCAUUGGUCUGGAGAAGUGGAAAGAUGACCGUGACGAGGUGGACGUCAACGCAGAUGGCUCAUACUUCAUCGACGCUGACCCGGUUGUCUUUGAGCACAUCCUCAACUAUUUGCGUAGCGGCGAUUACCCCAUAUUCUUCAACGUCGACACUGGAAAGUUCGACUACGUCAAGUACAUGUCCCUUUUGAGCCAGGCUCGAUACUUCGAGAUUCACGAUCUAAGUGAGUGGAUUGAACAGAGAGGGUAUUUGAGGGCUGUUCCACUUCGGGAAAGAUGAAUGGUUUUUAAGACGUCCAUACCUAAGAUUGGCGGAGGCAUCGAAUGCAUGAGAUAUACUAUGCGGCGGAUGCCAAACCAGAUGCCUCGGAUUCGUGGAGUGCUAUGGAGCUAUAGUGCCCACGAAACUUUGAUGCUUGUCAUAGAAGAUAUGGAUGUAGCAUCUAUGCGCUUUGGAGUAUGUUUUGUUUAAUUGAGGUUAGGAACUGAUGAUGGAAGGCGGGAGGCAGAAGUGUGUAAAAUGGGGGAUACUUACCUGCACUGUAUU